GUAAAUAAAAUCAUAGCCGCGCCCACUUCCCUGCAACAAGUCCCCCUUUCUUCCAUUAUUCCCACACCUUCGUUUACCAUACAACACAUUCCUCUCUACAGCUGUCUGUCUGUCUUACUGUGCAGCGUGGUCCGUUCCACUUCGUUUUAUUAAAAUCAAUUUCUGUCUCUCGUUAAAACAGACCCCUUCAGCUAAUACUCAAUUUUUUAAUAAAUCUACUCCGGUCUCCCCUUAACCCUGUGCUCUUCUGCUCAUCUUUUCACGAUCGCAGAGACUUGAGCAAUCGUAGAUACCCACUCGCUUCAGCACCGACCAAAAUGUUCUCCAAGCUUUUGUCCACUGCCGCGGUGGUCCUGGCAGCCACCCAGCUCGUUUCAGCUCAGACCUAUACCGCAUGCGAUCCCACCAAGAAGAAGUGCCCCGAUGACCCUGCUCUAGGCUCUACCGUCACCGUUGACUUCACCAAGGGAGAGAACAGCCUGUUCAAGGUUGCUGAUGGUACUAAGCUUACCUACGACGGCAACGGUGCCGUUUUCACCAUCAACAAGGAGACUGAUGCUCCUACCAUCACCAGCAGCAAGUACAUCUUCUUCGGCAAAAUCGAUGUUGUGCUCCAGGCUGCCCCCGGCACCGGUGUAGUUACUAGUUUCGUGCUACAGUCCGACGACCUUGACGAGAUCGACUGGGAAUGGCUUGGUGGUGACAAGGCUCAGGUCCAGACCAACUACUUCGGCAAGGGUGAUACUACCACCUAUGACCGUGGUGCCUACCACGCUGUCGCCAACCCCCAGGACGGUACUUACAAGUACUCUAUCGACUGGACUAAGGACUACGUCCGCUGGUUCAUCAAUGACCAGCAGGUUCGCGAGUUGAAGUAUGCCGAUGCUAAGGGCGGCACUCGAUUCCCCCAGACUCCCAUGCAGAUCAAGCUUGGUACUUGGGUUGCUGGUCGUUCCGAUGCUCCCGAGGGUACCGUCCAGUGGGCUGGUGGCAAGACCGACUUCAGCAAGGCUCCCUUCGUCGCUCACUACAAGUCUCUUACCAUCCAAGAUUACAGCAACGGUGUCAAGAACGCUGAGACGUACUCAUGGGCUGACGGCUCCGACGGUUCUUACCAGAGCAUCAAGGUCAUCACUGGUGACGGCAGCAAAGAUGAGACUACCACCAGCAGCUCUGCCGUCUCCAGCUCUGCCCAGUCUACCAAGACUUCUGAGGCCUCUUCCGCCAAGACCUCUGCUAAGAGCACUCUAGCCACCGUCGUCUCUACUGCUAGCGCCUCUGCUACCGCCACCGCAUCUGCCUCCGCAUCCGCCUCUGCUACCGCCGCCGAGUCUGCGGCUGCCAGUGGUAGCGAUACCGUAGCCGCUCCUUCCAGCAGCAGCAGCACCUCUGCCACUGCCCCUCCUGCCAGCGUGCCCACUACCGGCGGUGCCAUGAAGGUUGGCUUCAGCACUGCUGCUAUCGGCGCUUGCCUGAUGGCCGCUUUCAUGCUAUAAAUGCCUUUUAUGUCAAAUUUUGCGAAUAGCGCCCUUUUAGGCAUUGGUGAAUUGGUGAUCUGUGGUUUCCACUACUACGAACCGGCCGUCUUUAUUUCUUCUGAACGAUCCUUUUGUACAUAGCUAGAGCUCGAUUGCUCUCCCGUACGCCUUGUAGAAGGCAACGGGAAAGACGAUCCGCUUCUUUGCAUCCAAAUUAUUGCUUAUAAUUACGGUUCACGUGGAUUACCCGGGCUUGACGUCCAACAGACUACCGGCCGCUGUGGCGCUUCGGCGAACGGGAUGGGUCAGUCAUCGGAACGAUUAAUUGCAUGCAUAUGGAGUUGAAGAUACGAUACGUAAGCGGAGGUUAUUUGGGGACGAGUUAUAUAUAUAGGAUCGGGCGGAAUCUUGCAAGCUUAAUGGCUGAGCUGCCAUCCAACGCAUGAUACCAGGACGUACAGACAAUAUAAAUGUUCAUUUUGCAAUCAUUCUUAUGUUCUGUAUUUGUGAUGUUAUUGAAACUUGAUGUAUCAAUUAUUGACCAAGUUGCAACUUGAGUUUCAACGUUGAAUUUUUCACGGAGCUUUUCUGGACGUCAAUACAUGACUAUGACUGUAAUUAGAAAUCUAUCUAAAUAAACUCAAUAACCUCUUAACUAGGAUACUAUUGAAU